CUGUGAGAGAGUGUAGGAUGUUUCUGAUUCCCUAUGUGAUGAUAUGGAGUGUGUUUGCAGUCCUCAGCCUCUGCCAGCCUGUGUGGAGCGGUGAGUGUUGAAUUUUACUAAUAUAAUGAAUGACAUGGUCUUUACAGACAGCUAAAUAUUAUACCGAUUGCCUGACACAUUAGAGGGACAUUAUAAGGUGAAUGGACUCCAUUAAUGAUAUGAAAGAAAUGGAUUACUAUGCUAAAUUUUCAAAGUGAUACACUCUGGCAGAAGUGUGCCAUCACUCAUCAUACUCUAUAGGAAUGCAUCAAAGUGUAUGAUCUGAUUCCAAGACUAAAAUUGAUUAAGACUGUAAAAAAAAAACUGAAACUCAUACUGAUGGGUUUAUAUGACUUACAAGAGCAAGUAGAUCAUCAGAGAUAGGGGAACAUUUCUUAAAUUGCCUGGUUUUGGGGAUUAUCAUACUUCAGACACAGCGCUUGUUUUCAAUACUCCUGGCAAAAGGAACUGGUGAGGUCACAAAGUUGUGGUUGGAAAUCAUGUGCCAUGACAACAUGGCACCAAAAAGAUAAAUUAUAAUAAUUUUCCUUACCUUGCAAUACGCCACCGAAAGAUAUAAUAAAACAAAACGAGUGACAAGAACCCAUGAGAUAAACUACAAUAGAAUUCCAUACAAUAUAAUACAAUUUAGUACGGUAUAACAACCCAUAUAAUAAAAUAAAAUACAAUACAACACAAUACAAUAUCAUACUAUAUGCUAUAGUAUGAUAUGUGAUGUUACAUUACGGUAUGAUUCAUUGUGAUACAAUACAUUACGAUACAAUUAGAAAUGAUACGAUACAAUAUAUAAUAACUCUAAUGAUAAUAAUAAUAAUAAUAAUGAUGAUAAUAAUAAUAAUAAUAACAACAACAACAAUAAUAAAUUAUGACAGGAUGCUGUGCAGUAUGAUGCAAUACUAGAUGGUAUAGUGUGAUACAAAAUGCUAAGAUACACUAUGAUGUCAUUGAUAAGAUGUGAUUUGUAACAAUAUGAUACGACAUGGUACAGAAAAUAACAACAGAAAUGUAUGCUAUAUUACUGUCAGAUAGGCUGCAAUACAGCACGGCAUGAGAUAAUAGAGUACCAUCAGAUAAAACAAAGCAAGAUCUGAUAUGAUAUAUCUCAUGAUACGACUUUUUUUCAGGCUUAACAAUUUAAUUUCUUCAGUAUAGAUUUUUUUCAUAUCUCACUUUUUUCUCUUAGGAUGUUUAGUAUAUUUAGUCUGUAUUUAUUGUAUAUUUCUAGUAUUUUUACUCUAUCUAUCUAUCUAUCUAUCUAUCUAUCUAUCUAUCUAUCGUUGAAUAUUUUUGCAUGGAGCUCACUGAUGGAGCCAGCCCCUUGUGGCCAUGAGAGGAACUGCAAAUACUUUUACAGCUUCAUUAUUUUGGCCCUGGAGGUUGCUGCAUUGCAUCAUAUCCCAAAUAUACACCCUAAUAACAUUUAUUUGAAAUUAUUUUCCAGCUUCGAGGGUGACUCAGCCUUACAUGGUGGUGAGUGCCAACGGUUCAGCACAGGUCCAGUGCUUCGUCCAUCCUUCACCCUCCUACCAGCUCCCUGAGCCCGAGAUGAUUCGUGUGUCUCUGUUGAAAGGCCUCCACAGCACUCAAGCGAUCUGCUGGUCAAUGCUCAACCUCACUGAGCCGACAGCAACAGAUGCGAAGAAAGAAGGACAGGUAAAUCAGUGGAUGGAUGGAAGUCAAGUGAUACCAUCAAAAGAGUCUCACUGGAUGAAGCAAGAGAACGCACUCAAACUCAGAUUUCAUAUGUGAUUCAGGUGCAAUGCUCAGUUCAGAUGGGAGAGGGUGCUGUGGAGCUGACUGUGACCGGACUCAAAGCCUCAGACACAGAUUUGUAUCGCUGUCAGAUUGAGGUCAUGUUCCCACCACCAUACUUCAAACUCAAGGGGAACGGCACACUUGUUCAUGUCUUAGGUGAGACAAUCACAUGUGACUGCAGAAGCACGAGAGCCAGUUUUCACAUCGCACAUUACUUCCUUUAACUCUACUCUUUUAUCUCACAGAGAGCUCAGACUGUCCUGCGGUGGGGGCUCAGAGACAGACAGCACACCAGGCUGAUGAAGACAAGGAUGAUGAAAGUGAUGAGAGGACAGAACCACUCAGUUUUCCUGUGGUUGUUCUGGUGAUACUGGUCAUCUUUGCUCUCCUCUUCAUCAUCUAUCUUCAGGUACAGGCUUCAUUGAGCCCUAUUUAAGCAAUCUAAAACACAAAGUCCGCUGUUUUCUGUAUAAAAUCUGUUUGUUUUUUUUGUCAUUUGCAGGCCCUGCAGUGUAAAGAAAUGAGGAGGGAGAUUGUCAGACCUGUACCUGCUGUGCAUCACAAAGGAGAUGCUGCAUUUUCAUGUUAAAAAAUUGCAACUGUGUCUCCAUUACCCGUCAGUUGUCACUUUGCCAACAGAUACGAGAACACCUUUAGAUCAGAUGGUUGGCACAUAAGAAGAUACCAAAAUCCCAUCCUGGGGUUUGUGCAUAUUUUACUUAUUAAGUAUGAAAGUAAUGUUUACAUUGUUGUAAACACAAAUUAUUAUUAAAACUGUGUUGAUAUAUUGAUAUGCUGUAAUGAAAGGUUAUGCAAAUAUUAUGCUUUAAAUCAUUUAAGUGCUUUAUUGCUACAGAAGUUAUUCCGCUGCAAACUUAAUGGUCAGUAAACUGUUUUCAGUUGCUAAUUAAAUAAUGUCUUUGAGAAACUUAUUAAAAAAAACACUGUUUGAAAUCAUCAGCAAAGUUUACAAGCUUGUUCUAAGGACUCUGAUUAUCAGAAGAGAGUAAACUGUGUCAUCUGCAUACUGAUUUAUGAGACUACAAAUAAAAAGACUGCUAUGUUUAAGUGAAAUGAACAGUGAAUCGUCUGCAUAUUGAUUAACGACUGAAGGAUUUUCUUCAAUGCUGCUAUAAAAAUGCCUGUGCAUUUAUUUGUAAAAGGACAUGGUCCGAGCUUUGAGCCAUGUGGAACACCUAAAAAGGUUCUGUUUGAUACAGAUGUACAUUUGAAUUAGAGGCUUGUAUAAUAAUUUGUGUAGGAACAAACCAGGAAUGAAAAAGGGGCCAAAAAAGCCAGUGAUAAUCAGAAAAGAGUGAAACGUAUGGUAGUGUGUCAUCUGCAUACUGGUUGAUAUGACUGUAUGUUUACUCAUCAUAUUUUUCAAAAAGGGCAUGUGCUAACAUAAAAUAAAAAAGGUCCAAGUACUGAC